GCGGCCGAGGCGGGCGCGGGGAUGUGAAGGAGGCGGCGGCGGCUGCCGGCUCAGGAAAGGCAUGUUCGGAGGGGCGGCCGCGGCGCGACACCCGCUCCAGCGCCCCCUCCUCACCGCCGCCGCCGCCGCCGCGCCCGCACCGCGAUAAAAGAGCGGCCGCGCUUCUUGACGCGAGACCCGCGCUCGCCGCCGCCCGCCCGCCCAGGCGGCGAUGACACGGCGCCCGCGGCCGCCCCGAGGCGCCGGGCGGGCCGUUUGCUGACCGGUUCGCGGCCGCCCGCCAGCGUAUCCGCGGCGCCACCGCCAGCAUGGGCUGCGCCCCCAGCAGCCGCAUUUCCGAGAGCCAGGAGGUGUACCGACGCGGCAAGGAGGCGGAGGACGCGCCUGGCCCCGCGGCGCCACCGCUGUCGUCCGGUGUGCCGUGCCUCCCACGUGGCCAGAAGAGGGUCUCCUCGCCCCGGGCUCGGGGCGCUGGCCUCGCCGAGUCCGAGCCUCGCGACGGCAGCGGGAAGAAGGUAGCAGUAGCUGAGGUUCAGUUUGGCCCCAUGAGAUUUCGUCAAGAUCAACUUCAGGUACUUUUAGUGUUUACCAAAGAAGAUAACCAGUGUAACGGAUUCUGCAGGGCGUGUGAAAAGGCAGGGUUUAAGUGCACAGUCACCAAAGAGGCCCAGGCGGUCCUUGCCUGUUUCCUGGACAAACACCAUGACAUCAUCAUCAUAGACCACAGGAAUCCUCGACAGCUGGAUGCAGAGGCGCUGUGCAGGUCUAUCAGAUCAUCAAAACUCUCAGAAAACACAGUUAUUGUUGGUGUAGUACGCAGGGUGGAGAAAGAAGAGUUAUCUAUAAUGCCCUUCAUUGCUGCUGGAUUUACAAGGCGGUAUAUUGAGAACCCCAACAUCAUGGCCUGCUACAAUGAGCUGCUCCAGCUGGAGUUUGGAGAGGUGCGGUCACAGCUGAAACUCAGGACCUGUAACUCAAUAUUCACUGCACUAGAGAAAAGCCAAGAAGCAAUUGAGAUUACAAGUGAGGACCACAUUAUACAGUAUGCAAAUCCUGCAUUUGAAGCAACAAUGGGCUAUCAGGCAGGUGAAUUAAUAGGGAAGGAGUUAGGAGAAGUGCCUGUAAAUGAGAAAAAGGCUGACUUGCUGGAUACUAUAAAUGCAUGCAUCAAGAUAGGCAAGGAGUGGCAAGGGGUUUACUACACCAAAAAGAAAAAUGGAGAUAAUGUCCAACAAAAUGUGAAGAUAGUACCUGUCAUCGGACAGGGAGGAAAAAUUAGACACUAUGUGUCCCUUAUCAGAGUGUGCAAUGGCAGCAGUAAGGCUGAGAAAAUACCUGAAUGUGUUCAACCUGACACUAAUACAGAUAAUCAGACAGGCAAACAUAAAGACAGGAGGAAAGGCUCACUGGACGUUAGAGCUGUGGCCCCUCGAUCAAGUGAUGCUUCCAGCCAGAGACGGCACUCCUCCAUGGCCCGGAUACAUUCCAUGACGAUUGAGGCACCCAUCACCAAGGUAAUCAAUAUUAUCAAUGCUGCCCAGGAAAGCAGUCCCAUGCCUGUAACAGAAGCCUUGGACCGUGUGCUGGAAAUUCUAAGAACCACUGAACUGUACUCGCCGCAGUUCGGUGCUAAGGAGGAUGACCCUCAUGCCAGCGACCUUGUCGGGGGCUUAGUGUCUGAUGGUUUACGAAGACUAUCGGGGAAUGAAUAUGUUCUUUCAACAAAAAGCAUUCAACAGGUUUCAAGCAAUGUGAUCACUCCCCUUCCCCUUCACAAUGUCCCUCCCCGGAUAGCUCGGGCCAUGGAAAACGAAGAACACUGGGACUUUGAUAUUUUUGAACUGGAGGCUGCCACCCACAAAAGGCCUUUGAUUUAUCUUGGUCUUAAAAUGUUUGCUCGCUUUGGAGUCUGUGAAUUCUUAAACUGUUCUGAGCCAACGCUGAGAUCAUGGCUACAAAUUAUUGAAGCCAAUUAUCAUUCUUCUAACCCCUACCACAAUUCUACACAUUCUGCCGAUGUGCUUCAUGCCACUGCCUAUUUUCUUUCCAAGGAGAGAAUAAAGGAAACUUUAGAUCCAAUUGACGAGGUCGCUGCCCUCAUUGCAGCCACCAUUCACGAUGUAGAUCACCCCGGGAGGACCAACUCCUUCCUGUGCAAUGCUGGAAGCAAGCUGGCUAUUUUGUACAAUGACACUGCUGUGCUGGAGAGCCACCAUGCGGCCUUGGCCUUCCAGCUGACCAUUGGAGAUGAAAAAUGCAAUAUCUUUAAAAACCUGGAGAGGAACGACUACCGGACGCUGCGCCAGGGGAUUAUUGACAUGGUCUUGGCCACAGAGAUGACAAAGCACUUUGAGCAUGUUAACAAAUUUGUCAACAGCAUCAACAAACCCUUGGCAGCACUGGAAGAGAGUGAGGAAGCUGGAAAAAACCAGGAAACCAUAAACUUUAUGCUCAGGACUCCAGAGAACCGCACUCUAAUCAAACGGAUGCUGAUUAAGUGUGCCGAUGUGUCCAACCCCUGCCGCCCCCUGGAGUCCUGCAUUGAGUGGGCCGCGCGCAUUUCAGAAGAAUAUUUUUCUCAGACUGAUGAGGAGAAGCAGCAGGGCUUACCUGUGGUGAUGCCGGUUUUUGACAGAAAUACCUGCAGCAUCCCCAAAUCCCAGCUCUCUUUCAUUGACUACUUCAUCACGGACAUGUUUGAUGCUUGGGAUGCCUUUGUAGACCUGCCUGAUUUAAUGCAGUACCUUGACAACAACUUUAAAUACUGGAAAGGACUGGAUGAGAGGAAGCUGCGGAGCCUCCGGCCACCUCCCGAGUAGCAUGGCUCACCGCCAGGGCCCUGAAACUUCAUCCUGCUGAUCAUCUGGAUUUUCUGAGGGCAGCCGGGGUUCCUUGGUCCUUUUAGUAUUAGGCAGAGCUGCGUCCAGUCUGCACCACCUGUGAAAGCACAUGAGGGACGUCAGGGAACCUCUGCAGUCACCAUCCAGGGUCACCGCCACAAAGUGGGACUUGGCCUGAGCUCUUCAGAAAGGCACAUGAGGACCCUGGUUUUCAUCAACAUUCGGUGAAAACACAAGGUCUGGAGUGCCCUGCAAAGGGCACUGACGGAUUUUCUGCCAGUGGCAGAGAAUAUCUUAUUAUAAACAACUUCUCAGUUAUGUUCAGACUUGAGAACAGCUGACAGCAAUGGACCUUUAGCGACUUUUUCACAUCAUAGAUGGUGCAAUCACUCACUUUGGAACACUACUGAAAGUGACUUCUCUUUUAAAAUUGAGUAGCAAAUAAAAAAUGAAAAGAAACUUUGAAGUUGAUCAAUUGUUAAAAUGUUUUAUUUAUUUUAUCUGACAUUCAGUAUUUUCUAUGAAUUUAGAAAUGCUUCAAAGCCAAAGCCAACUUCGACCAAAUCUACAUGGCUCGUAUUCAUGCAUUACUUGGUAUACAGACUUAUUUUCAUAAUGCAAAUAUAAAUGACACACUUUUUUACUGCACUAUAGAAAUACUUGUGUAUGUUAAAUUCUUCUAACUGAGGCUAAUUGGAAGAAGAGGUUCUGGUGGUAGGUCUCAUUCCUUAGUGCACAAGGAGAAGGCUGACUCCAGCCUGUAGACCCCAAGGUUCUGAGAGAAGUCUAGUCACCUGAUGGAGCUUUGCAAGCAACUCCCUAGGGCAAAAUUACACCUUUCUUGGUUUGCAAAAAAAAAAAAUUGGAAUUUAACGCUUUCCCUUGCCGUUUUAUAAUUGAAUUUUCAAAAUUCUGCCUUAUUUAUACUAUUUCUAUAAAAUAUUCCCUAUAAAAACAAAGAACAACAAUGAAAUAUUUAAUGAAUUGACAUUUUUUAACCAAUUGGUUUUCAUCUACAGUAGCAUCUUUGAUUCCUUAAAUUUAUUAAGGUUCUAUUUCUUCACAUUUUUGAAUAAGCAUAAUACCAUAAAGAAUGACACUCAGUGACAUAUCAAAGUGUUUGUCAUUUUAUUUUAAACUUGUAUUAGUUUUUUUCCAGGUAAAAAUGAAAUUAAACUAUUUGUUUUUAAGA